AACCUACCAGCUAAAAUCGUUAUUUGAAUGGCUCACGUCACUGUCAAACGUAAUAGAAAUAUACGGCCAGCACACAAAAUGGUUAUAAAAGACACUACCGGUACUCAAAACGCAACAAAUGCUCUAUACCAUUAUUAUAUCUCAUCUGCUGAGCAGCAUUUUGAUUUGAAACAUGGAUGCUUGGAAUACGUCUGACGAAAGCUUGGGAAGCAAUACAACUGAAUCCAUUUACGCCUCGUAUGCUGAGCGUCAGGUUCCCUCAGCAGCAACUUUCGUCGCUUCUUUCGUCGGUCUCCUGGGAAACCUGGCGGUCAUUUGUGCCAUUCUGACCGUCAAGAAAUUGCAGACUACAACCAAUGUCUUCGUCUUCAAUCUCGCUGUGGCCGAUGUGCUUACCUGCACGGUGGCUCCCCUACAAGCGGUGACCAUCUUGAACGACGAGCUGGUCUUCCCGUUAUGGGUGUGCAAACUCGUUGCGUUUUGUCUCAUCACCUGCAUCGGAUGCAGCAUCAACUGCCUCGUCUGCAUCGCAGUCAACCGUCUUAUUGGCAUCACGACCGCAGCACACAGCGUGUAUCGUAAGCUCCUCACCCCUUGUAAACUCUCCUUUGCACUUGUCCUGACUUGGUUCCCUCCUUUGGUUGUGGCAACCACCCCCCUAUUGUCUGAUUACGCAGAAUAUGGAUACAACCCCAUCUACAACUCAUGUACUUGGCAAUCCAGCCGAUCGUACACAUUCAGUUACGCUAUGCUGGUUGCUGUCGUGUUUUUCCCAAUCCAAUUCCUCGUCCUCUUCGUCAGUUAUCUAAGAAUUUUUCUCUACGUGAGGAAGACGUCUCGAUCCACGCUCGGACAGGACAGCGCCGCUUACACCAAUCUGGCACUCCAGAGGCAACUCUGGGAGCGCCAAGUGGCAGUCACCAAAAACCUCUUUCUGGUGGUGUGCGUCUUCCUGCUGUGUCUGAGUCCGUACUUCCUGAUUUUGGCAUUGGUCAAAACUGCAAGUAGCGCCCUCUCCUAUGCGUCCACGAUCCUCGUGGCUAACAGUUCCGUCAAUCCGAUCAUCUACGCAACGAGACAUCCGGAUUUUCGUACGGCUUUCGCGGGUAUGGUGCACUGCGGUAGGAAGGGGCAAUCAUCUCAGCCUGUGGUAGCACCUCGUGGCCGGGUCUCUUACAAAACGACAACCAACACUGACUUUGAACUACAAACCUCUGUAUAAACCUCUAUCAACAUUAUGACAUGCUACGGCUUAUAGUGUCCGAGUUUGGCUAGUUUGGGUACGAGAAGAUCUACAGUCUAUGCACUAUGUAGUUCAACAUUUGCUUUAACAAAUCACAGGUGUGAAGCUGUCCGAUGUGUGUGUAAGAAAUAGGCUGCUGGUAGCUUUGUUUGUUAUUCUCGACAAAGCCUCGGAUAUAUAUUGUACAGGGCGAGUAAAAAGAUCGUCACAAAAAAAAGAUCUGCCACAAAAACGGGAAAGGGAAUACCAGAGUUAUAUUUCAGCGAACAAUCGGUCUGGGUAUCGACCACGUUCUGUAAAAUUAUCACUGAUAUUCAGCCAUGCACAAAUAGGACACAUUCCUUUCUUUCUGACUGCCCGAAAACACUACCAACAUAAUGUUUAAUCCUAUUAUUCUUAAGGGGAUACUUAUUUAAGGGCAGGCACACUGCUAGACAGAGCAUUUCACAGUAGCAAUGGCAAGGCCACAGUUUACUACUUCCCAAAUGGCCUUUAUGGUCAGAACGUUUUAUGAAACAGGUAGGGAACAAGACACGAUACGUCAACUUGGAGAACAAUUUCCAGAGGUGCGGCAGCCAACGCUCUGACAGCCCGCAGAAACGUCGUAAAAUACGAAAAACAUGUCAUCACCAAAGAUAUGAACACGGGGCGUUCAGGACGACCAGUGACAGCACGAACACCAAGACACAUCCAGCUUGUGCAACUAGGUGAAACAAUGUUGCGUGUAUGAAAAAAUACAGGAAGAAUAUCAGAUUGAACUAGAACUUUGUCUGUUCGAUGAACAGAACAUAGGGCUUUUCCGUAUAACGUUUUUUAUGAGUUUAUGCUUGGUUUUGUGCAUUAUGCAGUCACAUAAAUUAUAUGAAAGAACAUA